AUGUUGUCUGCAGCUAGAUUUCAAUUUGCUCAGGGGUCAGUUAGAAGACUAACUGUUUCAGCAAGAGACGCUCCCAGUAAAGUGUCUACGUUGGCCGUGAAGGUUCAUGGUGGGUCUCGUUAUGCAUCCAAGGAUGGUGUGUCCCAUCUUUUAAGCAGAUUCAACUUCCAAAAUACAAACAAUAGAUCGGCCUUGAAAUUGGUCAGAGAAUCCGAACUAUUAGGGGGAACUUUUAAUUCAACUUUGGAUAGGGAAUAUAUCACCUUGAAAGCUACUUUUUUGAAAGACGACCUUCCCUACUAUGUUAAUGCCAUAGCAGAUGUAUUGUAUAAGACUGCCUUUAAACCUCACGAGCUAACAGAAUCAGUUUUACCUGCUGCCAAAUACGAUUACGCGGUUGCUGAACAAUGCCCGGUAAAAAGCGCAGAAGAACAGUUGUACGCCAUUACAUUCAGAAAAGGUUUGGGGAACCCAUUAUUGUACGAUGGCGUGGAAAAAGUUAGUUUGCAAGAUAUUAAGGACUUUGCGGACAAAGUGUACACCAAGGAGAACUUGGAAGUUAGUGGUGAAAACAUCGUUGAGGCCGACUUGAAGCGAUUUGUUGACGAUUCAUUGUUAAGCACUCUACCUGCAGGUAAGUCGUUGGUGAGCAAAUCUGAAUUAAAAUCCUUUGUAGGUGAAGAAAAUAGAGUGAGAUUUAUCGGUGACUCCGUCGCGGCUAUUGGUGUCCCAGUGAACAAGGCUUCUUUAGCACAAUACGAAGUGUUGGCCAACUACUUGACAUCGGCACUCUCUGAUCUUUCUGGUUUGGUCAGCUCCGCUAAACUUGAUAAGUUCAGUGACGGUGGCCUGUUCACUUUAAUUGUUAGAGAUCAAGACAGCGCUGUGGUGUCUGCUAAUAUCAAGAAGAUUGUUGCCGGUUUGAAGAAGGCUACCGACCUGUCUCCUGCUGUAAAUUACACUAAAUUGAAAAAUGCUGUCCAGAAUGGAGCUCUUUCCAGUCCAGUUGAACUAAAAUUCGACGGCGUGAAGGACUUUAAGUUGGGUAAAUUCAACUACGUAGCCGUUGGUGAUGUUUCAAACUUGCCAUAUUUGGACGAAUUGUAA